GUAGCUCCAUCUAUCCCACUUGAUGCUCAUGCUGUCAAGGGACCAACCCAAGUCCACCUCACCAACCCCUUUACCCAUAUCACCCCGACGUCCAGUAUCAUCACGGCUGCGACUGGUUGUAGGGGUCUACAUAUACCUGCGAUGGCAUCCACCGAUGACAACGAUCCAGCUAGCAGCCCGCCCCAAUCCCAACCGCAGUCCCCAGCUCGUCCUAACCAGUCGACAGCUUCGAUAGCAACCACCACAGCGACUGCAGCUGCGUCAGGGACCGCCGCCGACGAGACCACGACAGCGACGCCUGAGCUCGACUUGAGCAAACUCAAAGCACUGCCUUCCGAGCAGCAGGACCUAUAUCUCCUUACCUUCGUCUCGGGACUUGCGAAGCAUGUGCUGGAGCUCGACGCCGAUGAUUGCACAGCUCAACAAUUUUAUUUGAAGAAGGAAAUCUUUCAGAUUCUAAAUGUCUCCACACCGUCGCCCUCGAGAGUCAUUCGAUCCAAUCUAGGAAGAUGUCUGGCGCAUAUAUUCGGCAAGGGCGACAGGAAGCUGCUGUUUGAGACCGUCAAUGAUCUCGUGGGUAUCAUCUCGGGAGGCAAAUCGAAAUCAGAAGCCGAACUACGAACAAAGCAUGCCGCAGUCACUUGUCUGGGAGAGGUUUUCGCCGCCGCAGGCGAUAGUGCAGUUGGCCUGCACCAGCUCUCGUGCUCCGCCCUCUUGAAGUUCCUGAAAGCCGCCUCUAGCCAUGCUGGAAUCCGCGCUGCCAUAUUCACGGCGCUCGAGAGGAUCACGGGGAUGGUACAGACAGCUCUCGACGAAUACAUUGCGCGUGAUAUCUGGAAGCAGGGGCGAAAUCAUGCAUCCAGCGACAAGGGAGCGCUGGUGGUCGCCUCAGCAUGCCGUUGCCUCAAAGCUCUGGCGCGACACACUGGGUACUUCCGCAACUCAACCGACUUUGAUAAGCUCGAGAGCGCACUGCUCAAGGCGUUCGACUCUCCCGUCGGGCAAGUCAGGCAUGCAGCUGCGGAUUGCUUCGCAGAAGCCAUGGUCCAGGGCUACUCGGAGCUUGCCACAACGGACGGCAAGGGCAAAAAAACGAAGCCGAAAUUGAUGCGUGCAUCAACGCACCCUGGCAUCGCAGCAGAUGAUGAGGAGCUACCAGCUCGUGCGAGUAGUCCUGCGCCUGGCGGUAAGCGGAGCUCGGAUCUCGCCUUGUCUCUCGCCGAUAUGUUGAAACAGCUCGCGGGUCACUUUGUCAAAUCCUCGGCCUCGAAUAGGACACGCGCAGCGUUAGGCGUCUGUUAUUGUCAGCUAUUUCGCAGACUGGGCGAGAAGUUGAUCGAAGCCAAUUACCUCAGGAUUGUCGAAAGUCUCACAACGGAUGUACUCGGCCAACCGUCUAUCUAUAAUCACAGAUACCGCCUGCUCAUCUCGCGCAAGAUGAUUGACACAAUCAUUCAGGAUGUCAUUGGUCGGCGGAUCUUGGGGGAAUCGGGCCAGAUUUCGGCAGCGAAGCAACUCAUCAACGAUGUUCUCAAGAACUACCCGCAGUCUUUGGCGGAAAAGCCGGAGCCUUCGAAGCAUACCCUUAUCACGGUUCUCAGUGCCGUGUCAUCUUUGAUGACUUCACUCGGGCCCGCGUCAAAUAGCUUCGCGGAGACUUGCCGAGACGGCUUGCUUCAGGUCCUUCAACACCCCAGCUAUUCAGUCCAAGUGUAUGCUUCACACUGCAUGAAGGUGUUCGUGGUGGCAUGUCCGCAGCAGCUCCUGCCUUGCCUGUCUGUAUGCAUGAACAGCUUGACACGGGAACUCUCGCUCCUUGGAGGGGGUCGCAACUCGCAAAGACGUUGCGUAGGAUUUGCACAUGGCCUUGCGGCUACCCUCAGCGCCAGUCCAUCAAGACCUUUGCACGGGUCCUUGGAUGUGAACAGUCGUGUGUUGACUAUGGCUACAAAUCUCCUCAAGUCGAGUAGUCAGUCAGAACUACGUGUAUCGAGUACUCAGAUCCAAGUCGCAUGGAUUCUGAUAGGUGGGUUGAUGGCUUUGGGCCCCAACUUUGUCAAGAUCCAUCUUUCGCAGCUGUUGUUGCUGUGGAAGAAUGCUCUGCCUAAGCCUCUGGCUAAGGAUAACACCUCAGCCCGAAGUUUGCUCGAAUCAUCCUUCCUGACGCAUGUGAGAGAGUGUGCGUUGGGAUCGAUACUGGCAUUCUUGCAGUUUAAUAGCCGCUUGUUGACUGUCGACGUCUCGAAACGCAUAGCCACAAUGCUGCAAAGUACAACGGCUUUUCUGCGAACACUGCCGUCCAAGAAAACGACUGAGGAUAUCUCACAAAGACUGACGCCAGCACUGCAGCUGCAGGAUCUCGAUCUGAUGGUACAACGGCGCGUCCUGCAAUGCUACAUCAAGCUGAUCAACUUGAGCCCCGCCGGCAGCAGCGAGGCUCUUCUCCAGUCGAAUCUAUUGACACUUGCGAUUGCUCUCUUUGCUGAUCCAGAAAAUUACGCCCCUAGCUCGUUGAGCGCAUCGAUUGCCAACGCGGCAGGCAAUUUCGAGUCGAUUUGGGAUGUAGGCGACAACACUGGGUUCGGCAUCACGGGCUUGGUAUCUGGCUUCAACGUACGCAAACUACCUGGGCAGCAGCAAAGCUCAGUUGAAGAAGUUACAGAUAACGAAACCCCGGAGAGUGCCAUUGAUGCCAUAUUGCGAUCACCCGUCUGCGGAAGCUUGGAACACGAUGCGUCCGUCCUCUACAUUGGCGACUGCGGCGCUGGUCUCACGCCGCAUCCGCCGGCCACCGAAGUAAUCGAUGCAGCCAUCCAAUUGUUUGCCUUUGCAUUCCCCUUGACGCCAGCAAAAGUCCAGGAAAGCAUAUUGGAGCAGAUACGCACGUUUGCAUCGGCAGGACCCCUCCAGCGCGAUCCUGGUCGCAAAGCCGCUAUCAAUGUCAACACGGCCACGGCCAUUCUGUCGACGAUGCGCGUCGCAAUGAAAGAGACAACGUCAGCAUCAGGCAGUGUCGAGAACAUGGCAGUUGAGCGGUUGUUGCAGGAUAUUGUGCGCGACUUUGUGCUCGAUCCUGAUCAGUACGUGCGUAGCUUGGGAUAUGCUGCCGUUGCACGCCUUUGCAAUGUCUACGGCAAUGCAUUCACCAACCAGGAGGUCAAGUUCCUGGUCGACACCAUUGUAAGCAACAGAGAGCCAAGCGCACGAGCCGGUUGCGCCAUGGCUCUCGGUUCCAUCCAGACGAAGGUCGGAGGCAUGGCUGCGGGUUACCACUUGAAGACAAUUCUCGGCAUCCUCAUGUCUCUCUGCAACGAUCCUCACUCAACUGUCCACUACUGGGCCUUGGAGGCGCUGUCGUUAGCGUCUGAUGCUGCUGGUCUCAGCUUCGCAGGCUACGUCCCGAGUACCCUGGGCAUGCUUGCGCAGCUCUACGUAUCGGAGACUCACCAUUGCGAGGUUUCCUCUGUGGUCACCAUGAACAUGGAAAUGGAGCUUCCCACGACAGCGGCGAUUGCGAAGGGCGUCGAUUCGCUUAUCAACGUCUUGGGUCCUGACUUGCAGGACUCUCUGAGGUCACGCGAGCUUAUCUUCACACUGGUGGGCCAAUUCCAACGUGAAUCAGAUCUGCUCGUGCAAAAAGCUGCGCUGGGUUGUCUAGAGCACCUAUCGUUGUACGCGCCUGGAUACAUGCAGUUUGGAGAGUACGUCCGACUGCUACAGAAGUACCUCCACUACGAAAAUGUCACUCUGCGUGACAUUGCGGUGGAUGGACUGUACAACAUCAUGAAAAGGGAGCCACGCGACGUGCUUCGGGAAGCAAAUGAUGGCUUUGAGGAGCAAAUAUGGAGAGUGCUCGAUACCGAACCUUCGCAUGACGGUAUCAGAAAUCUCAUCCGCAACUGGAUGCUUCAAACCUGUCUCGCCGAGACAGAUGAUUGGUUACAGCGUUUUCAAUCGGUCCUCAAAUUGACAAGGGCAAAGUCACAGGGCCGUGAAGAGGGAGUAGGCUCGGGGAAAGGUGGCAUGCCUGAUUUGAACGAUGAGGAAGUCGCAGGUUUUGCUGCGGCAUCCGGAGAUGUCAAACAAGACAAGGACAACCCGGCGACAUCUGAAGUCGAACCGCUCCGAUGGCAGGUCACGACAUUCGCAGUCAGCUGUAUUCACGCCAUGUUCGUACUUGUUGCAAAGGAUGCCAUGGCCAAUGGAGAAAGCCAAGCUCAGGCCGCACUGCAAGCCAGGGUGGCAGAUGUCGUCCGCAUGGCUUUCUCCGCGUCCACUUCCAGCGUAUCAGAGCUGCGCGUCUGGGGCUUGAAGAUCAUCGGCGCUGUUCUAAAGAUGUUUGGAAAGACCCCCGAUCCAGACUUUGAGGAGGCCAUGCUUCUCGAGCAAUACCAGGCGCAGAUUAGCUCUGCCUUGACGCCGGCUUUUGCGGCCGACUCGUCGCCGGAGCUGGCCUCAGAGGCCGUCAACAUUUGCGCCAGUUUCAUCUCCACUGGCAUCGUCACCGACAUUGACCGCAUGGGACGUAUUUUGAAAACGCUUGUGAACGCCCUGGAAAGCUUUGCCAAGGACGGAGAGAAUGCUUGUAUCGGUGACCUCAAGGGCCUGAGUUCGAACGCGCAGGUCAUGGUCAAGCUAUCUGUGUUCUCCGCCUGGGCUGAACUACAGGUGUCAAGCACCGAGCAGAAAUAUCUGUUGGAUGUUUUGAAGCCUCACGUCGGUACUUUGACACCACUAUGGUUGGAGUCCCUACGCGAGUUCGCUCAGCUGCGCUUCGAGCCAGACAUCUCCAUGACUCUGGGACCCCCUUCCCUUUCCGGCAGCUUAGAUACCAUCUACGCGGCCCUAAACCGCGAGACUCUACUCCGAUUCUACCAAGACGCUUGGCUGAAGCUCGUAGAUGCGAUCGCUAGUCUGAUCGAGCAAGACAGUAAUUUUGUCUUUGAUGCUCUCGACGGCAAGGGGACUGUUGAAUCUGCAGGCAAUGGCCAGGGGAAGAGGCCAGGUAUCAACUAUCGUGAUGAGCCAGUUGCCUUCUUCUUUGUACUGUUUGGCCUGGCAUUCGAGGCUCUUGCUGUACGCCCUAGUCACGGCUAUUCGCUCGCCACGCAAGAGCAAACAUUGGCCAUUCUGCAAGCCCUCAAGAAGAUCUUACACCCUAGUGUUUCGGGCCACGCGAUUUACAGGCCGGAUGUAUUCGCCGAGACCAUGGACCUGCUUGAUCGGCUGGUCCUGACCGAGGGCCUAGAUGUGCAAGGUGCCAUUGUUGAGAUAUCGAGUGCGCUAUGCGUCGCGCACCCCUCGGCGCGACGCCACGGUAGCGAAGAAGGCGACCUCUCGGAAGACAUCGAUCAGCUUUUUGAGCUUACGAGGAUCAUUGUGCUAACACUGACUGGGCUGCUUCCCAACCUAUCCGAGGGCAAUCAGCCAGUACGGCACCAGAUGAACGAGGAGGCUAUUCUACUUGUGCGCUCAUCACUAGAUGCACUUGUCAAUGCCGCCGAGGUCUUCCCAUCUAUCAUCAAAACGGACCUGCACGCCUGUAUCAUACACAUCUUCGCGACGACACUGGCGACGUCGGGCUGCCAGGAGAUGAUUGUCCCACAGUCGUUGCCCACACUCAAGCGAUUCGUUCGCAGCAUGUCGGCUUCCAGGAAGCCUUCAGACGAAGGGCCUUCGCAGACGGACGUGCAGUUGCAGGGCUGCCUGCGCCGGUUCCUGUCGAUAUACCUGAAUGCGCAGAAACGAGAAGCGCCCAAUUCGCUUGUCUGCGUGCGCAACUGCCUACUAGCCUCGACGAUUCUAUUCACGAGCGGCGAGAACCACAUGCCUGCCACUGAUCCUCUUGUCGCCCGCUAUCUGGAUGAGGUCCUCGAUUGCCUCACCGAUCGCAUGACAGCUAAAAUUGCGGCAAACUGCAUCAGGUCUCUGCUCGUGCAGCCGACCCGCACGGCGGCCGACGAGAGCAUCGCUCGGUACCUUUUCCCUCGACUGAUCACGUUCGUUACAGACGCAGAGUCGGAAGACCCCGAGCGCGCCCGAUCGCUCGUAUCCAUGUCUUUGUGCCAGUUUGUCACCACCGUCGACAAGAGCCGUGUGUCAGCAGCGAUGGCACUCCUGAUACCCACACUCCUGACCCGCACCACGAUUGCUGGCGAAGGGCUGUACAGCGAGACUAGCUCGCGCCUGCUCGAGCUGGCUGCCAUUGAUCAGGAGGUGUUCAGGGCCGUCGUUGGGGGCAUGAGUGCAGGGCAGCGGUCGUUCUUGGAAGAGGUCAUCCGAUCGGGGCAGCUGGCAUCGCGUACCACCGUGAGGGAGGCUAGCGAUGGCGACUCGGGACAGCCAACGAUCGCCUUGAAGAUGGACUUUGGGAACUGAUAAAGGAGUUGUUUGCAGAAGCGCAGUGUUCGGUACUAUCAGCGGCACAUACACCUGGGCGUUCUGGCCAUUGCUGGCGCCUACAUGCUAUAUAUAGAGAAUCGCAAGAUGUUAAAACAGCCCGCAUGGCGGUAGACAUACACCCCAAAGUGCACGACACCACGUAUUCAGAUAUUUUGCUGUGAAUGAAGCCGACUGACAAUUCUGGAGCCAAUCUGAAGGCUUCACCCGCGCUUGAAUGAAAAGGUGUCA